AUGUCCAAGUCCAUCCUCUUCCUCGGCGCAACCGGAGGCGUAGGCUUCUCUGCCCUCCAGCGCUCCCUCGCUGCCGGCCACUCCUGCACAGCCCUCUGCCGCACACCUUCCACUCUCUCCGACAACAUCCCGGCCGAAGUCGACCAGAAGUUGCUGCGGAUAGAGCAGGGCAAUGCUCACGACGUCGAUGCUGUUCUCCGCGCCCUUCUCCCUUCACCGUCCUCGCCCCGCCAGGGCCUCCCAGAUGUUAUCGUCUUCUCCAUCGGCGCCUACUUCAACCUGUCCAAGAUGGGCAUGGACGACGCUCACGUGUGCGAAAAUGGCAUCAAGACCGUCUUGGCCGCCUUGCAGAAGGCCAGAACAGAGCACAACCUGCAGGGCAAGCCGCGGAUUGUUGCCCUCAGCUCCACAGGCGUAUCCGACUUUGGGAGGGAUGUACCGUUGUUGUUUGUUCCGUUGUAUCAUGUCGGUCUGAAGGUUCCCCACAAGGACAAGAAGGCCAUGGAAGACGCUUUGGUCGAGAGUGAGGAGGAAUGGACCAUUGUGAGGCCAAGUCUAUUUGUUGACGGUGCCAAAGAUGGUCCCAAGCGGGAGAUCAGAGCCGGGAAGGAGGAUCCAAUCAAGGGAGUGGUGGAGAGUAAGGCAGUUGGCUAUACCAUCAGUCGGGAGGAUGUCGGGAGGUGGAUCUUUGAGAACCUGAUCGAGGGAGAGAAAGCUGGAGAGUGGCUCAGGAGGAUGGCUGCCAUUACAUACUAA